AUGAAUUUUGUUAGUCGACAAUUAUGGGGUUCUAGUGGUUUAGGUUUUUGUAGCCUACGUAUCUGUUCACAAACCAUUGUUUCACGAAGUUUUGCUUCAUAUGCAUCUAGGGCUGCUCCUGCUGCCUUCAAGACUUCUAAAUCACCACAAGAUGGUCGUGAUAUCGUUAAACCUGUUACAUCAAGAAAGACAUUUUUAAUCGAUUCCUAUAAGCAAUUAAUGGGUUCAAAUCCUGUAAUUCUAUUUGUACAUUACAACAAUUUAAUGAAAAAUGAGGACCACCACUACAGAUCCCAGAUUAAAAAAGCUGGCGGUUCGCUUACAGUGCUUAGAAAUAACCUUUUCAGCGUUUAUUUGAGGAACUCAGCAUUUCCUGAUCCAUGUGCCCCCAUAAAACGUCGUGAUCAAAAUCUGUCGCAUCCAUUGCUCCCUUUGUUCAAGGGUCCUACAGCAGCCAUAUGUUUCCCAGAGACAGAUCCACAAUCUGUAGCCAAGGUCUUGAAGCUUUUGGAAAAAUCGCAAGAUAGACUUUUCGUAGUGGGGGCUAAGGUGGAAACUGCUGUCUACGAUAUCAACCAGUUGUCACAUUUCAAGAACCUACCAGACAAGCAAGGUUUACAAUCUCAAUUACUUGGAUUGUUGCACAUUCUAAGUGGUGCAGGUCUUGUGAAAACUCUAGAGGCAGGCUCUCAAACUUUAUACUUGACCCUGCAAUCUCAUCACGAUAACAACGAGAAGGAUGGUCAAGAAUAA